AUGCGUGCCCGCGUAUCAGUCAAAGUCGGAACUAAAUACUUGGACGAUGCCGGCCGCCAUUCGGCAAUACUCCGCAUCCCAAUGGUUUCGGAUUCAAAUCGAUUCGUUCCAUUUGUUGAUAUUUAUUUCAAUUUAUAUUUUUUCGGUGGACUCACUUUUCAAACUGUUUUGUUGAUUCUUAUUCUUACUAAAUCACCAGCUAUCCUAACAAACCUAAAAUUGUUUCUUAUCAAUACGUGCAUUCUGCAAAUUGUUUUGAUCUCAUUGGCCUACUUCAUUCAACAUCGAAGUCUUCCGAAUUCCAAUUCCCUUGCAAUCCUUCCACAUGGUCCCUGUAGAAAAUUUGGACCGAAUAUCUGUUUUUCCGGUUAUCAUCUCUUCCUGGGAGUUGCACUUUGUGUCGGACUCGGGAUUUCCAACACAAUCAUUUUCAGAUUUCGAGUGUUACGUAGAGGAAGAAUGUCACAGAAAAGGAUUAUAACUAUGAUAGCGCUAACAUACAUUCCUUCGUUAGCAAUCAUUAUUCUCCCAUUUACAUCUCCAUGGAAUUUCGUUGAAGUCCAGAGAACGACAGCUUUUGAGCAUCCAACCUAUGAUUUGAGUGUUUACGAGCCUUAUGUUGGCUUUUCACAAAUCACAUCAUUUCAAUUCCUUUCGGCGACUUUUCUGCUGGUAAUCGGUGCCUACGCUAUUCCAGCAGUUUCAGGAUUUCUUACUACAAGAGUUAUUCAUCUGAUCAACAAAAACCGAGGCAUGUCUUUGAAGACCAAAGAGCAAUCAAAAACACUGGCUUACGGACUUGCUUGUCAAACUUUUCUGCCGGUGACUUGUUACAUUCCGAUUCCAACUUGCUACAUUUAUAGUCAGUCCACUGGAGCAGAAAUGCUCAUGACAGAGCACCUCCUGGGUAUACUAAUCUGCUUUCCAUCAUUCCUGGAUCCUUUUAUAUCUUUUUAUUUCAUUGUUCCAUAUCGUCAAGCAAUUUUGAAUGUCUUCAAAUGCCGAAAAUCAAAACCGCUGAAUUCUGUUGUAAAUGUUCGUCAGUUGUCAAAACAUAACGCUUCAAUAAUCGAUUCAAACUGA